AUGAGAGGAAAGACUAUUAAUAUUAAGUUGGCAGAUGUUGAGCUCUUACUGGGGUUACCUAAUGAAGGUGGCCCAUCCUUAAAUGAUGCUUUAAAGCACUGGAAUGAGAAAAGAGUGAACAAAAGAGUGGACAUGGAGAGAAAGAGCUGCCAUGGAUUUAUAUAUGUUCUAGGCAUUGGUGAGGAUACUUCUUCAACAAAGAUGCUACCAAUAACAUCAUUUUAUGACCAAGUUGGUUAUCAACUCUUGAAGCUACAAGUAAAGAGGGGUGCCUUAGAAAAAGAGGAGGAUGGAGAUGAGAAGGAAGGAGAGAGUAAGGAGGAUGGAGAUGAGAACGAAGGAGAGAGUGAGCAAGAAGAGGAAGAACAGAAUGAAGAAGAACAUAAGUUUGGAGAUAGUGAAGAGGAAGUAGACAGUGAAGAAGAGGAUGAAGGAGAGCAUAAUUCUGAACAUAGUAAAAAGAAAGUGGACAAUGAAGAGGAGGAGGAGGGAGAACAUAAAUCUAGACAAAAUGAAGAGGAAGAUGAUACAAAAGAUGAGAACAACUCAAAACAAGUACAUACAAUGAGGAGAAGGAAGGUUUAA